AUGUCUCCUUCUGUUAUCACUCUCGAACCUGCUUGCGUCCUAUAUGGCGCCAAGGACAUGCGCGUCGAGCAGCGUACUAUUAAAGCUCCUAAGGAGGGCGAGGCUCAGGUUCAAGUUGUUGCAACUGGUCUUUGCGGCAGCGAUUUACACUACUAUGUCCACGGCCGUAACGGUGACUUCGUGCUCCAGAGCCCCCUUGUGCUUGGCCACGAAGCGGCUGGUAUUGUCACCGCGGUCGGCUAUGGUGUUACAUCGGUCAAAGUCGGCCAACGAGUCGCCAUUGAGGCCGGUGUUUAUUGUAAAGAGUGCAGCAGCGCCAAAACUUUCCCUCACCUUGACGGCACACUCCAGGGACGAAUGAACCACCCAGCAGAUCUGCUCCACCCGCUCCCUGACGGUUGCACAUUUGAGCAAGGUGCAUUGGCCGAGCCACUCUCCGUCGUGCUGCACGCCAACCGACGGGCUCAGCUCCGUGCCGGCCAAUCGGUCCUUGUACUCGGAGCCGGUGCUGUUGGGCUCUUGGCUUGUGCGCUAGCUAAAGCCGCUGGCGCCUCACGAGUGACUGCUAUCGACAUUGACCAAGGCCGCCUCGACUUUGCCCGCUCUAUUGGAUUUGCUACGGACGUCUACCCCCUUUCCAGAGGAGAGCGCCCACGCACAUCAGAAGAGGGUCUGAAAAAAGCAAAGCAAACUGCGAUUGACGCCCUUGAUGACCUCGCCGAGCCCGAAGGCUAUGACGUUGUUUUUGAGUGCACCGGCGUUGAGAGCUGCAUCCAAAUGGGCAUCUUUAUGGCCCGAGCCGGUGGAAAGCUUUCGUUAGUUGGUAUGGGUACGCCCAAUCCGACGAUCCCUCUCUCUGCCGCGGCGCUGCGCGAGGUUGAUAUCAUCGGGGUCUUCCGAUACGCCAAUACCUACCCUGAGGCUCUCGAGCUCCUUGGUAGUGGCAAGCUCGUGGGAGUAGAGCACAUGGUCACACAGAGGUUCCCCCUCGAAGAGGCCGGCAAGGCAUUUGAGCUCCUCAUGCAAGGAAAAGAUAAAAACGGCGGACUUGUUGUCAAAGUUAUGGUUGGUACCGGCGAGCAAUAA